AACGUCUCGUGCUACCUUAGCAACUACUAGUAAACACACGUAGGCCACAUUGGUUCACGCGACGCACCUGCAAUAUCGCGAGAGCCGAAUCCUUUUACAUUUAUUAAGUUAAACGACAUUUCACAUAGUAAUGGUUUCCUGGCUUUCUGCCCUCCGGGACACCCCCGGGGUUACGCUCAACACCGAGGAGAAACUUUUGGCAGAUUUUCAGCGUGACUCGCAUCCUGACAAGGUCUGCCUCGCGGGCAGGGAAUAUUUGGGUGAGAAUGGUCAGCCCAUUGUGAAUCCUCUCAUCAAGAAGAUCAAACAGCAAAUUGCCACUGACCCUACCCUUAUCCCAGAGUACCCACCUCCACUCGGAAUCCCAGAAUUCACCAGCAGGGCGGCGCAGCUGGCUUUAGGACGUGAUAGCCGUGCCAUUGUGGAGAACAGGGUUUUAGGUGUUCAGGCGGUGGGCAGCACCGGAGCCGUGCGUCUGGGAGCCGAGUUACUGAAGCGCUGCUCAUCCUGGGCUGGUCAUGUUCUCCUGUCUUCUCCAUGUGAUGAGUCAUUACCUGGUAUAUUCGAGGCAGCCGGCAUCGAGACGGUGAAGCGUCACCGCUACUGGGACGCCAGGAAUCGCAAAGUGUGUGUGGAGGAAAUGGUGGAAGACCUAGAGAAAGCUCCGGAACAAAGCGUGGUGGUCCUGUCUGCCUCAGGACACUGUCCCACCGGAGCGGAUCUCUCGCAGGACGAAUGGAAACGUGUGACUGAAAUCCUGGUGAAACGUCAGCUUCUGCCCUUCUUCUUACUGCCAGCUCAGGGUUUGCACAGCAGGGAUAUAGAUGAAGACUCCUGGCCACUGAGAUAUUGUGUAUCUUUGGGGAUGGAAGUGCUGUGUGCUCAGUCUUUCUCCCACAACUUCAACCUGUAUGGAGAGAGAGUGGCUCACCUCCUGUGUGUCCUGAAGGAAAACACAGAUCUGGUGGCCAUCCAAUCCCAGGCAGAGAAGAUCGUCCAAACGCUCUGGUCCCGCCCACCGGUGGAAGGUGCCAGAGUGGUGACAACGGUGCUCAGCAAUCCUGCACAUAUGGUGGAAUGGCAGGAAGGGCUGAAAGGCACAGUGGAGAGAUGCACGCUGACGAAAGAGCGUCUCCGAGAGAAGAUGAGGCUGUUAGGAAGCCGGGUUGCAUGGGAGAACUUGAUGAAGUCGGGAGGACUCUACUGUUGUAUUGGACUCUCUGUUCAGCAGGUGGAAUUUCUGGUGAAGCAGAGACACGUGUAUCUGCUCCCGGGGGGCUGCUUCAACGUGAGUGCCAUCAACAGCUCUAACCUGGACUACGUGGCAGAAUCUCUUCAUUUGACUUUGACCUCUCAGCUCUGACCUACACAGCAUAGACAGUUACUGUGGAACCUCGGCAUAUGAACUGAAUUAGAAAAUAUGUGAAUGCAGAUAAUCUGUUCCAGCCACCCAAAAAUAUUACCAAUAUUAUCAAUAUGAAGCGUAUGUAAACUGUAUGGCUGCUUUCAAAGAACUGACCCAAGCCGAGCAUUCCAAGUCAAGGGUCCUCACAGGAAGUUGUGCCACCAAGCUUGGGCUAAAAAUAGAACAGAUCACCCACGCCCCCAAUCUGUCAACAAAAAACACACAAGAAUUCACAUAGUAAACUCUCUUCGGUUAGCUUCGCUUGGCUUUCCAUUGACGCAAACAAGUUUUGAACGGCUCUCGGGCGUACGCGCAACUUAGCCGGCUUUCGGUUUGGUUCGUUCUUAUGCUAAAAAUGCUUCGUACGGCGAUAUACGAAGAUGUCAAUUCUUAAGCUGAAAAUUCGUAAGGGAGGGCAUUAUGCUGAGGUUCCACUGUACAGAAUAUCUGAAACACGUCAUGUCGAUCUACUGUGCUGGAUAAUCAUAUAGUUAUGUCUUUCUAUGUCUAGAAAAAUAGGCUGUAGAUUUUUUGCAUUAAAUAGAUCUCAGCUUAUAGCGACAUCUGAAGUUGUUUGCAAAUCAUGUUAGUUAUCGCUUACCUUAUAACAGCUAUAAACCUCCUUAGCCACUCUUUUAUUCUGUAUGUUAUCACUAAGAUGAAAAAAAGCACAACUCGUCACAUGACUAAGAAACCAGGAAGUGCAAUAUCCUGAAGAUUAUCCUGACUGCUACAAAGCACUGAUUUUUGGAGACUCCUUCAAUAAAUGUUAUAUAAAACAUCUUCCUCUAUCUUUCUUUGUGGAAUCUUGCGUCUGAAUCAUGAGACAUUCUUAAGAUCAUUAUGAAAAACACGUUC